CAAAUUUUUGAAAGCACAUCAAUUAAAACGCCGCUUUCUCAAGUAGCAGUUAAAAAAUCUAAAGAAAAAAUAUUUUUGCCAAGAAAAAGUAAUUUAAUAUGUCGAGCACUUCCCAGAAAUAUAGGAACUUUGUGGCGGAACCGAUGGGAGACAAGACGGUAACGGAACUGGCAGGAAUCGGCGAAACCCUUGGAAGACGCUUGACGGAAGCUGGAUUUGACAAGGCUUUCAACGUUUUGGGACAGUACUUGGUGCUGAAGAAGGACGAGGAGCUGUUCAAGGAUUGGAUAAAUGGAGUUUGCCACGCAAACACCAAGCAAGCGUCCGAUUGCUACAACUGCCUGCGAGGAGUUCUUGUAAAGGAAUCCAGUUAGAUGAUAACUACCACUAUUAUGCGAUUUAUUUUCCCUUUUAAAGAGAACACCCUUAAUAUUAUGUAAAAAAAACAACUCCCUAGUUACGGUUCUAACUUCAACUAAUUUUUUGUGCAUCUGUUAAUCAAGAUAUAGCAUUCUGCUUUUCAAAUUCUGACAUUAAUAACCUUUGGUUUCAUGUA